GCUCCGGGCCCGGCAGCCGCGGCGGCGGCGACCCCCCCUCCCGGCCCCCGGUCCGGCCGCCCCGGCCUCGGCUCCCGCGGGGGACACCAUGUACUGGCUGGCGGCGCAGGGAGGCCGGCGCCCGGCGGGGAUGUUGGGUUAACGGCAUGGAGAACAGUCACCCCCCCCACCACCACCACCAGCAGCCCCCGCCGCAGCCCGGCCCUUCGGGCGAGAGGAGGAACCACCAUUGGAGAAGUUACAAGUUGAUGAUUGACCCGGCUCUGAAAAAGGGGCAUCAUAAACUGUACCGCUACGAUGGGCAGCAUUUCAGCCUGGCGAUGUCCAGCAACCGCCCGGUGGAAAUUGUCGAAGAUCCCCGGGUCGUCGGGAUCUGGACCAAAAACAAGGAGCUGGAGCUGUCGGUGCCCAAAUUCAAGAUCGAUGAGUUCUACGUGGGCCCGGUGCCUCCUAAGCAGGUGACAUUUGCCAAGCUGAAUGAUAACAUCCGCGAAAACUUCCUGAGGGACAUGUGCAAGAAGUAUGGGGAGGUGGAGGAGGUGGAGAUUUUGUACAACCCCAAGACCAAGAAGCACUUGGGCAUUGCCAAGGUGGUCUUUGCCACAGUCAGGGGAGCCAAGGAGGCUGUUCAGCAUUUGCACAGCACCUCGGUCAUGGGCAACAUCAUCCACGUGGAGCUGGACACCAAAGGAGAAACCCGCAUGCGCUUCUACGAACUGCUGGUUACCGGCCGAUACACCCCCCAGACCCUCCCAGUGGGUGAGCUGGAUGCUGUCUCUCCAAUUGUGAAUGAGACCCUACAGCUGUCAGAUGCCCUAAAGCGCCUCAAGGAUGGCAGCCUGUCUGCGGGCUGUGGCUCUGGCUCCUCCUCCGUCACCCCCAAUAGUGGCGGGACCCCCUUCUCCCAGGACACGGCUUACUCCAGCUGCCGCCUGGACACGCCUAACUCCUAUGGGCAAGGCACCCCACUCACACCGCGCCUGGGCACCCCCUUCUCGCAGGACUCCAGCUACUCCAGCCGCCAGCCCACACCCUCCUACCUCUUCGGCCCAGACCCCACAGCGACCUUCAAGGCUCGGCGCCACGAGAGCAAGUUCACCGAUGCUUACAAUCGCCGCCACGAGCAUCAUUAUGUUCACAACUCUGCUGCAGUGGCUGCAGUGGCCGGGGCCGCAGCUCCCUUUCGGGGCUCCUCGGACCUCCCAUUUGGGGCAGUUGGCAGCAGUGGGGGCAGCAGUGGCCCUCCCUUCAAGGCCCAACCGCAGGAUUCAGCCACAUUUGCCCACACUCCACCGCCUGCCCAAGCAGCCCCCACUCCUGGAUUCAAGUCGGCCUUCUCUCCAUACCAGACCCCAGCACCCCCUUUCCCCCUGCCCCCCGAGGAGCCCACCACCACAGCCACCUUUGGGGCCCGUGACAGUGGGGAGUUCCGGAGGGCACCUGCACCUCCACCCCUGCCACCUGCUGAGCCUCUGGCCAAGGAGAAGCCAGGCACACCACCUGGCCCGCCGCCCCCCGACACCAACAGCAUGGAGCUAGGCGGCCGGCCGACCUUUGGUUGGAGUCCUGAGCCCUGUGACAGCCCUGGCACACCCACGCUGGAGUCAUCCCCUGCGGGGCCUGAGAAGCCCCAUGACAGCCUGGACUCGCGCAUCGAGAUGCUGCUGAAGGAGCAGCGCACUAAGCUGCCCUUCCUGCGGGAGCAGGACUCGGACGCCGAGCUGCAGAUGGAGGGCAGCCCCAUCUCCUCCUCCUCCUCCCAGCUCUCCCCACUGGCCCCCUUCGGCACCAACUCCCAGCCGGGCUUCCGCGGCCCCUCACCCCCGUCCUCACGCCCCUCCAGCACGGGCCUAGAGGACAUCAGCCCCACGCCUCUGCCUGACUCCGAUGAGGAUGAUGAGCUGGACGUGGGCCUGGGGCCUCGACCCCCACCUGAGCCAGGCCCCCCAGACCCUACUGGUUUUCUGGGCCAGUCAGCUGAGGUGGCCUUGGAUCUGGCUGGAGACGGGACCCCGACCUCAGAGAAGAUGGAUGAGGGCCAGCAGUCCUCAGGCGAGGACAUGGAGAUCUCGGACGACGAGAUGCCCUCAGCCCCCAUCACCAGUGCCGAUUGCCCCAAGCCCAUGGUGGUGACCGCAGGGGGAGCAGCUGUGGCAGGCCCCAAUGUGCUGGCCCCUACCCUGCCGCUGCCCCCGCCACCCGGCUUCCCACCACUGCCCCCACCCCCACCCCCGCCCCAGCCCGGCUUCCCCAUGCCCCCACCUCUGCCUCCACCCCCACCACCGCCACCACCAGCCCAUCCUGCAGUGACCGUGCCCCCACCACCCCUGCCAGCGCCACCGCCUGGCGUCCCCCCGCCACCUAUCCUGCCGCCCCUGCCGCCCUUUCCACCAGGGCUGUUUCCUGUGAUGCAGGUGGAUAUGAGCCACGUGCUGGGCGGCCAGUGGGGUGGCAUGCCCAUGUCCUUCCAGAUGCAAACGCAGAUGCUGAGCCGUCUGAUGACAGGCCAGGGCGCUUGUCCCUACCCACCUUUCAUGGCCGCUGCAGCCGCUGCCGCUUCAGCUGGGCUACAGUUUGUCAACCUGCCGCCCUACCGGGGCCCCUUCUCCCUAAGCAGCAGUGGCCCAAGCCGUGGGCAGCCCUGGCCACCCCUGCCCAAGUUUGACCCGUCAGUGCCGCCACCAGGCUAUGUGCCACGUCAGGAGGACCCGCACAAGGCCACAGUGGAUGGCGUCCUACUGGUGGUGCUCAAGGAGCUGAAGGCCAUCAUGAAGCGUGACCUGAAUCGCAAGAUGGUGGAGGUGGUGGCUUUCCGGGCCUUUGACGAGUGGUGGGACAAGAAGGAGCGGAUGGCCAAGACUUCAAGUGCUCAGCACUCUCACGUGCCCAAUGGCCACCUCCUGGGACAGCACAGAGGCACCAUGUGCCCAGCAGCACAGGCUUCGCUGACCCCUGUGAAGUCAGGCGAGCACAAGGACGAGGACCGGCCAAAGCCCAAGGACCGAAUUGCCUCAUGUCUGCUGGAGUCAUGGGGCAAAGGCGAAGGCCUGGGCUAUGAGGGCCUGGGCCUGGGCAUUGGGCUGCGAGGGGCCAUUCGCCUGCCUUCCUUCAAGGUCAAGAGGAAGGAGCCACCAGACACAGCAUCAUCUGGUGACCAGAAGCGCCUUCGGCCCUCAACCUCUGUGGAUGAAGAAGACGAAGAGUCUGAGCGGGAGCGGGACCGAGACAUGGCAGAUGCCCCCUGCGAGCUGGCCAAGCGGGACCCCAAGGGUGUGGGCGUGCGGCGGCGGCCAGCUCGGCCACUGGAGCUGGACAGUGGCGGGGAGGAGGAUGAGAAGGAGUCUUUGUCAGUGUCCUCGUCCUCGUCUGGGUCCUCAUCCUCUGGGUCCUCCACCACCUCACCCUCAUCCUCAGCCUCUGACAAGGAGGAGGAGCGGGAAAGCACUGAGGAGGAAGCCGAGGAGGAAGAAGCCGAGGAGGAAGCGGACGAGGAGGAGGAGGAAGAAGAGGAGGAGGAGGAGGAGGAGGGCGGCCCCCGGAGCCAGGUGUCCUGCUCUUCCAGCUCAAGCACAUCUGAGAAGGAUGACGAUGAGGACAGCGAUGACACCGAGAAUGAGGGUGAAGAUGCAGCCCUGUCAGGAGUGAGUGAGGACGAAGGAGACUCAGAAGGCGAGGAGACGGUGAGCAUUGCCACCUCCAAGGCAGAGGCAGAGUCAUCCAGCGAGAGUUCUGAGUCUUCUGAGUUUGAAUCAAGCUCCGAGUCCUCAUCCUCGUCCUCGGAGGACGAAGAGGAGAUGGUGGCAGGGCCAGAGGAAGAAGAGGAGGAGGAAGAGGUGGAGGAGGAGGAGGAGGAGGCAGUGGCAGUGGCAGAUGAGAGCAUGCCACCUGCAGGUGCUGAGGACUUUGAGCAGGACAAGGAGGAGGUGUCUCUGGCCCCAGGGGCAUCUGCAGUGGAGCCGCUGGGCACAGAAGAAGAGGUGGACAUUGAAGCUGAGGAUGAAGCCCCCAAGGAGCAGACUCCUCUCCUGGAGGAGCCCCCCUUGCCUGUGGAUGUUGAGGAGCUGGUCGGGUGCAAGGAGCCCCUGGAAGAGGCUAGCCUGAACCAGGAAGAGGCCAUGUUGCUGUCUCCAGAGCCCCCUGCCAGGGAGAUGGAAGCUCAGCCCCCAAUGUCCCCUGAACAUGUUCCAGAAGAUCAUCUGGAAGUGGAGCCCGAGCCCCUUCCAAUGCUGUCCUUGCCUCUGCAGCCACCAUUGCCGCCACCCCGGCCACCCCGGCCACCCAGCCCACCCCCAGAGCCUGAGACCCCAGAGCCCCUACACCCAACUGUCCCUCUGGAGCCUCCCUCUGAGGACCAGCCCCCACGUACUCCUGGCCUCUGUGGCAGCCUGGGCAAGUCUCAGAGUACGGAGACGGUGCCAGCCACACCAGGCGGGGAGCCCCCACUAUCAGGGGGCAGCAGCGGCCUGUCCCUGAGCUCCCCACAGGUGCCUGGAAGUCCCUUCUCCUACCCAUCCCAGUCCCCCAGCUUGAGCAGCGGGGGCCUCCCACGGACACCUGGCCGGGACUUCAGCUUCACACCCACCUUCCCAGAGCCCAGCGGGCCCCUGCUCCUACCUGUCUGCCCGCUCCCGGCUGGCCGGCGAGAUGAGCGCUCUGGCCCUCUGGCCUCCCCGGUGCUCUUGGAGACGGGCCUCCCUCUCCCCUUGCCCCUGCCCCUGCCCCUGCCCCUGGCAUUGCCUGUCCCCGUGCUGAGGGCCCAGGCUCGGGCCCCUGCCCAGCUGCCACCUCUGCUGCCUGCCACCCUGGCCCCCUGCCCACCCCCCAUCAAGAGGAAGCCGGGCCGGCCCCGGCGAUCCCCACCAUCUAUGCUGUCCUUGGAUGGACCCUUGGUGCGGCCACCAGCGGGGGCUGCCCUUGGAAGGGACCUUCUGCUCCUGCCAGGCCAGCCACAGACCCCCAUCUUUCCCAGCACCCAUGAUCCCCGGGCUGUGACUCUGGACUUCCGGAACGCAGGGAUCCCGGCCCCCCCUCCUCCCCUUCCUCCCCAGCCUCCUCCACCCCCACCUCCACCACCUGUUGAGCCUGCCAAGCUGCCCUUUAAGGAGCUAGACAACCAGUGGCCCUGUGAGGCCAUCCCCCUAGGCCCUCGUGGGCGAGAUGAAGUCACUGAGGAGUUCAUGGAGCUGGCCAAAGUACGGGGGCCGUGGCGCCGGCCACCUAAGAAGCGCCAUGAGGACCUGGUGGCCCCCUCCGCCUCGCCCGAGCUCUCUCCACCCCAGCCCCUCUUCCGGCCCCGCUCAGAGUUUGAAGAGAUGACCAUCUUAUAUGACAUCUGGAACGGUGGCAUUGACGAGGAGGACAUCCGCUUCCUGUGUGUCACCUAUGAGCGGCUGCUGCAGCAGGACAAUGGCAUGGACUGGCUCAACGACACACUCUGGGUCUACCAUCCCUCCACCAGCCUCUCUUCAGCUAAGAAAAAGAAACGCGAUGAUGGCAUCCGUGAGCACGUGACAGGCUGUGCCCGCAGCGAGGGCUUCUACACCAUUGACAAGAAGGACAAGCUCAGAUACCUCAACAGUAGCCGCGCCAGCACCGAUGAGCCCCCUGCAGACACCCAGGGCAUGAGCAUCCCGGCGCAGCCUCAUGCCUCCACUCGGGCAGGCUCGGAGCGGCGUUCAGAGCAGCGCCGCCUGUUGUCCUCCUUCACUGGCAGCUGUGACAGCGACCUACUCAAGUUCAACCAGCUCAAGUUCCGGAAGAAAAAACUCAAAUUCUGCAAGAGCCACAUUCAUGACUGGGGCCUGUUUGCCAUGGAACCCAUUGCGGCUGAUGAGAUGGUCAUCGAGUAUGUGGGCCAGAACAUCCGCCAGGUGAUCGCAGACAUGCGGGAGAAACGGUAUGAGGACGAGGGCAUCGGCAGCAGCUACAUGUUCCGAGUAGACCACGACACCAUCAUCGAUGCCACCAAGUGCGGCAACUUUGCACGCUUCAUUAACCACAGUUGCAAUCCCAACUGCUAUGCCAAGGUGAUCACGGUAGAGUCACAGAAGAAGAUCGUCAUCUACUCCAAGCAGCACAUCAACGUGAACGAGGAGAUCACCUACGACUACAAGUUCCCCAUCGAGGACGUCAAGAUCCCUUGCCUCUGUGGCUCGGAGAACUGCCGGGGGACCCUCAACUAGGCCCCCCAGCGCCAAACUCGAAGGAUGUUCGCUGCCACCUGGGCCGGACCCCAGGCCCCAGGGCCGGCCCCUCCCGCCCCAUUUCAGGUGCUGUCCCUCGCCCCUGCGGCCAUCAGGGCCUGGCGCCCCCAACACUACCCCAGGACCCGCCCGCAGCUCCAGCCCCGCAGCGGGAAAGGGCUUCUCUGUUUUUCCAUCGUGUCUCUCUCAUUGUUGAAGAAAUGCUCCUUUCUAGAUGUGCGUUUAGCCAGAUGCCAUUUCUGUCUCCCUCGGUGUCCCCAUCCCCGUGGCUCUCUUGUGCUCCUUCCCACCCCAUCCUCGGCCUCUCCCGUCAAUUUGCUGCUAUGUGGUUUUGUCUUCUUUUUAUUUCCCUCCCUGUCAUAAGAAAAGACAUUUGAACCGUUGAAAUGUGAAGGCAGAACAGAGAGGGGGGACCCGGUGGGGCCAGAGGCCUCCAAGACGAAGGGUCCCUGCACCCUCUGGGCAGACCAGGCCAGGUGCUGGGGGGAAGGGCCGGGCCAGUGGCCUUGACCUCGACACUACAAUGCCGAAAGGCCCCCUCUCUGCCCGUGAACGCAGUGAGGAGACCCCACCUCUUCCCCUGAGCUGCUCCCCAGUCUGUCCCUUCCCUGGGGCCUGGGAGAGCCAAGCUGGUCCCAGGCAGGAAGGUCCCCUGGGCACUCCCUGCCCCCCAAAUCCUUGGGCUCAAUGUUUACUUUCUCAUUCGGAUGCCAGCAAUGAGGGGGCUUCCCUGGGGCCCAGCGUGGGCGGCACUGGCAAGGGGGGUCUCCACUCUCCACUGCCCUCAACCCGUGCAGGCUAAGGGGGCUCCCAGGGCAGGGGUCCACCUCCACCAUUACGGGCUGUCUGACCGUAUGCAUGUGGCAUUUUUCGUUCAUAAGCUUCACCCGCCGCCCAGCCCACAUCCACCUCCCCGCCUCCCACCCCUGGCCACCCCUCAAGGCCAGAGCAUAUUUAUUUUCGGAGUGAGCAGGUUAUUUCUCCCAGAGAAAGAAAAAUCUUGGGAAAGAUUUUAAAACUCGGAUCUAAGUCUUUGACAGUGGUUUUUUUUUUUUUUUUUUUUUCCUUUUUACCCUUUCUCCCCCUCCCUUCUCAUCCUUUUCAGGGUUUAUUUCCAUGAAUUUUUUUUUCUAGUGCGUGUAUAAAAUCAAAACGAAGGGAAAAAAAUAGGUUUUUGAAGUUCAGAACCAACUUUGUAUAUAGACUGCCAUAAAGGACUUUUUCUCGGGAACUUGUUUCUUGUAGAAACAUGUGGGAAGACUUUUGCUCAUUUCUUUGUACUUCCAAAAAAAAAAAAAGACACGAAUGCAAGUCCCCCGCCCCCUGGAAAGCAGAGCAGGCGUGUAAAUAAUCUCUGGAACUGACUGUUGUGACCCAGGUGCUCACCAAGGGGAGCGCUGGGUGGGAGCCGCGCCCACCGCGGCCCAGGCUGCCAGCCUCUGGUAUCUCAGCUUGUGUCAAGCUUGUUAUCAUGUAAAUUCUGUACAAAGAAUUGUUAUUUUUCUCUUUUUUGUCGUUGUGGUUUUGUUGUGUGUGUGUGUGUGUGUGUGGUUUCUUUUUUUUUUAAUUUCUUCACCGCAGGCCCUCUGUUUGAGACUGUGCCCACCGGUUCCAAGGUCAAGGAAAUCGAUGGCAUUAAGACAGGGGGGCACCUGGACACAGCGGCGACCUUCUCUUCCGUUUGCAGUUUUCUGCCUAAUGGUGCAACCGAGGAAAUAUUUAUUUUUCACAUGAGGAAAUGUGUAGUUUGUAGAGAGAGCCGAUUUAAGUUACUUGUGCAGCCCCCAAGGGGCUGCCUCCAUUCUCCCCUCCGCCUCCAUAAAAGAAAAGUGGGGGAUGUGAGGAAUCCAGGGAGGGCCCACCUCGGCCCUUGCUGUGCCUCCCCUCGCCCAGCAAGGAGGCUGUGUUAAUGCUUGGCCAGCCUUGACCAAUGGCGAGGGACUGGGCCCCCAUCUUCCCCAGGACCCCCACCCCACACCAGGAUGCUUUGCAAUAAUCCACAUGUGUGUUGGCCCAUUUUUCUCUCAAAGCCUUUGUUUUCAUUGAACAGAUUCUCUGCUUUUGAAGUGUUGGGGGUUUCUGCUUUUUUUUUCCUUUUCUCUGCCUUCUCCCCUCUUUCUUCUUUCCCUCCCCCCGCAAAGAGAAUAAGUUUUAGAGAUGUUUGUACGUAUAGACUCUGUCAUCCAUCAGUAUGUAACUUGUUUUGAAGAGAAGUGUUUCCGUUGUGGGUGUGUCUUGCUGUAAAUAUUUGUUCAUAUUUUUGUGAAUUCAAUACUAUGUACCAUUGUAUUAUAGUAACUUUUAUAAAGCAAACCAUAAAUAUACUGACUUUUCUUACAGA